AUGGCCACCACAGCAGCAGAAGCCAAAGCCAAAGCCGCCACCUCCACCGCCCUCGUCGAAGCCGCCAAAAAGAAAGCCGCCUUCGCCGCCGUCGCCGAGCACUUCACCUCCACCAUGCGCUUCGUAGGGAUCGGCUCCGGCAGCACCAUAGUCUACGGCGUCGAAGCCAUCAAAGCGCACCUCGCCGCGCACCCGCCCCCACAAGGCCACAUAAACUGGUUCGUGCCGACAGGCUGGAACUCGCGCAAAGUGAUCGAAGCGGCCGGGCUCACGCCCAUCGCCUUCGACUCCCUCCCGGCGGACGCGCAGCUGGAAGUCGCCUUCGACGGCGCGGACGAAGUCGACGACGAGCUGAACUGCAUCAAGGGCGGCGGCGCGUGUCUCUUCCAGGAGAAACUCGUGGCGUGCCGGAGCAAGAAAUUCGUGUGUAUCGCGGAUUACCGCAAGAACCAGCAGCGGCUGUUGACGAAUUGGCCGACGAUUCCGAUUGAGGUUGCGCCGAUUGCGUAUGCGAGUGUGAUUCGGGAGUUGGUGGCGUUGGGGAGUGUCAAGCCGAUUUUGAGGGAGCAUACGCUUUCCAAGACCGGGCCCGUGCAGACGGAUCAGAGCUUUUAUAUUAUUGAUGCGCCGUUUAAGCAGUUGUUGACUGCGGGGGAUGUCAAGCAGGGGAAGGACGGGAGUGGGAAGGAUGGGGUGUGGGAAGUGGAGACAUUGGCGAGGAGGAUCAAGGCGAUUAAUGGUGUGUUGGAGGUGGGACUUUUCUGUGGGUUGAAUGGUAUUCAGGCGCAGGCGGCAGGUCUGCUGGGAGGCCAGAAGCCAGUGGCGGUGUACUUUGGCACGGCGGAAGGAGAGGUGCAAAAGGUGCAGUGCAGCGAGCUCACGAACUGA